GCCAGCUGGGCUCCCCGGCCCAGGAAAAAUGUGAUAAAGAAAGUACCAAGAGAGAGAUAACUCAAGCUACCAAUAGCCUAUUCACACAUGAAGAGAUGGAAGAUCAGUCCAUUUGGGGAAAUCCUUCUGAUGGUGAACUCAUCAGAACCCAACCUCAGCGCUUGCCUCAGCUUCAGCCUUUAGUACAGGAAUCAAGUGAGGAGGAAAUAGGCAAGAUAAAGAAUGGCCACACAAGUCUGAGCAAUGGAAAUGGAAUUCCCCAUGGGGCCAAACAUGUAUCCGCAGAUCACCGCAAACUCUCAGCACCUGUUUCUCAAAAAAUGCAUAGAAAAAUCCAGUCCAGCUUGUCUGUAAACAGCGAUAUCAGUAAGAAGAGUAAAGUGAAUGCUAUCUUUUCCCAAAAGACAGGCUCUUCACCUGAAGAUUGCUGUGUCCACUGUAUCCUGGCGUGCUUGUUCUGUGAAUUCCUGACCCUCUGCAAUAUUGUCCUGGGACAAGCUUCGUGUGGCAUCUGCACGUCAGAAGCCUGCUGCUGUUGCUGUGGAGACGAGAUGGGGGAUGACUGUAACUGCCCCUGUGAUAUGGACUGUGGCAUCAUGGAUGCCUGUUGUGAAUCAUCAGACUGUUUGGAAAUCUGUAUGGAAUGCUGUGGAAUUUGUUUUCCUUCAUAAAUAUUUAUCUUUUGUUUGCGUUAAAACUGGAGAGUAUUUUAAAUUUUUUCUUGUAAUGGGAAAGAAAAGCACAUAGUAAGAUUCUCAUGAGGUGACAUGGUAUUUGCACUGUUAACUCAUUAUUUUAAGUAAUCUCUGAAAGCCUUUCUUCUCUAACUAAAUCCACAUGGUUUAAUAUGUGAAAUUUUAACUAUUUAGUGUUUUAAACUUCUUACUAGUUUACAAUAACUUAGGGACAUUCUGACACCCCCCCCCAAUGUUAAAUGUUUCCUCCUUUUUAUUUGUAUCUCUGUUUCUUAAUCUUUGAGAGCACCAUGCCUCAAAUAUAUUAUUUUUCAGUGGGUAUUCAAACCAGACCAUUUAUUUUUUAUGUUUAUCUCUUAAUGACUAAAAGUAAGCAUUCUUUAUUUUAAAGUAAACUUUGGGAAACAAAUUCCAUCCACAGGAGUUUGCACUUGAGCAGAGAAAUGAGACCUGUAAAGAAUGAACCAUGUCACAAGGCAUACUGAAGUGAGAAUUCCAAGAGAGAGAAAUCCAAAAGGCCAUAGAAAUACCCAGAAAAGAGCUACCAGAAUAUUCAGGAAGGCAUCAAAGGAGAAGUGGCAUUUGAGAAGGCCUCUUAGAAUAACUGAUUCAUCUGUUACUUAAAUAUUUUGACUUGGGACAAAGUUUUAGGUGGUCAAACUGAACUAUAUAUGUGCUUAGCCAGUUCAAAGAAAAAUGCCUUCAGCAUAUUUUUUUUCCUUGCAGAAAUAUAGCUUUUUAAAAAUGAUUAAUUUAAAUGAACUACAAAUAUUAUUUUCUUAUACAUAAUUUAAAUGUUAUGAUGAAAUUCAUGACAGAAACUGAAUGCCUUAUGAAAAUAACUGUAUUUUACAAAGAAUAUGGGAUAGUUUUGAUAAAUUCUAUUUGAAUUUGGAAAAUUUUUAAUAUUAAAAUCUCUGCACUUGGUUUUGAUUUAGUCAAAGACUUUUUUUUAAAAUUUUGACAUCUUUAAGUCUUUUGGAGGCGGUAUAUUUGUUUGGGUUUGUUUCUUAACUGAUAGUCUAUUUUAUAAACACAGCUAAUCUUCAAAGCAAAUCAUUCUUUCCAAUGCACUGGGCAUCUAGAAUUCAGUACUGUGAACAAAUUCCAGCUUUACAAUUUUGUGUUAAAUUAAGCCAACUUCGUAGGUUGUAAAGAUUCUUAAAUUUAAAUGAAUUACCAAGACUAACAAUAUCGCUAUUGAGACAUGGAGACUGUGAUUCAGAUGAAAGGGAAAGGACGUUUUCAUACUAUGUGCUCUUCUACUGAGUGGAUCUCUCCAAAAUUCUAAUUUGGCUUGAUUUAAUGUAAUUUCUUAUGGAAAAUUUGUAACUAUACUUUGGAAUGAAUAGCUAUAUUUAAUUCUGGCUGAAUACAAACUGAUAGAACAACAAAAAGCAUAUUUUUGAAAGCCCUAUCAAACCUAAGACAUGUUUAACCUAAAACGUAGAAAUGUCACCUACAGUUUUUGCUUUGAGAUUAAACCUAGUUUUUAGUUGUAUCUUACUUAAAGGGUUUACAAAAUUAAAAAGUUAGCAAACUCUCAAAUUCCCCCUUUAGUACUAUUUAUACACACACACACACACACACACACACACACACACAUACACCCUUUCCAUGGUUGGGUUUAAAUAAAAUUCUAGUAAUGCCUUUUGUCUUCCUCUUCUAAAGUUUAUCUUUAAUUUGUUCCACCAGACAUAAGAAAACCUUUGCACAAUUUCACAGUAACUACAAUCUGAAUGUUUCCAUAUACCCAGAGUUGAUGUACAUGUAUAUAUUAGGAUGUAAGCAUAUCAUCUGUUUAUAAACAUAUAAAGCCUCCUAAUGACCUAAAUUUGUUAGAAUAUCUGACUAUUAAUCCAGAAAAAAUUUUCAGUCAAAUGAUUUGUCUAAUUUUUAAAUAUGGUCUGCUACUUUUUUGUGAUAAGAAUAUAAGUACAUUUAAAAUAAUGUUUCUCUGUAAUAGAGAACAUUAAUGGAUACCAGGAUUUUGUUUUUGUGUUUAUAUUUGCAGUAUUUCUCCUCUGUUGUUUCCAAGCAGUCAUCUUGUAUAAUUAAAAAGAAAAGUAGGCAAAUGUGAAAGUAGUUCCAAUAUUUUUUUAGAAUUUCUUUAUGUAAAAUGUUUUGUUGAAGUAUAUGACCAGCAUGAGAAUUUAGUUAUAGAUUUGCUCUCCUUUUAAAUGUGGAAUCUUACUCAAAUGUUUUCAAACUGGACUUGUAUUAUCCUGAGUACACUAUUUUGAAAUUAAAAAGGAAAUGACUUAUUUAUUGUAUAUUAGCAUACUUUCCUAUCUAAUUGAUGUAUUAGUUGAUUUAUAUAUGAAUGAGGGUUUUCUUUAUACAUCUCUUUCUAAAGAUUUCUUGGUCUCCUUAUAUAAGUCAGAUGACUCAUGCCCAUAAAUUAGCUAUGAAAGAUAUAGACCAAUUUAUAGUGUAAAUCAUGACUUCAAAACAUAGUGCUCUUUUAAAAAUCCAAAAUAUGUCAAAGCACAAGCUUUAUAGAUUUUUUAGUAAAUUGGUUUCACUUAUUUAUUUUGGAAUUAUAUCUCAACUUAUAAAAAUUAAAGUAACUUUUUAAAGAUAUGCUCAGAUUGAACAUGAAGUUAAAAAUGCUCAAGAUCAAUGAAAUUUAGUUUAUUGAAUUUUUACAUAACACUAACUCACCAGAAGUAUUCUUAUUUUGUGUUUUUAGUGGCAUAAUUUUUGGAAAUGUCUUACAGUUAGUAUGUAACUAAAAUAAUACACAAUGCCUUUAUUUAGUAGAAGGCUUUUUAUUUAGAAAAAAAAUAUUUUUGUGUUCUUACAGUGAAUCAACUGCAUCUAUUUUUCUCACCCGAAUAGUCAGUAUUAUUUGAGCAGUUCAAGGAGUAACCAAGGCAACCUUAUGUAAUAACUUUCCAUUCCUUAUCCAUACACACUCUAUCAGUGCCCUAGAUUCUAAUGUUAUAAACGUCAAACGUCGCUGCUUACCAUAAAUAAGACUCGAGUCCAGAGACUCUGUGACUUGCCUUCUAGAAUUCUAGUUAAAUACUAGAUUUACCUGCUGCCUAAUGAAUAAGUUUAUUUAUUAAUGAGAUUAUUUUUCAAAUUAUUCAAGACCCUUAUGCCCCUUCCAAUUAUUUUUGAUUUUUAGCCCUGUAGGAUUGUUGCAUCUAAACUGACAGUCCAGAUAAAACGUAAUCAAAUACAAUAAUACUUAUUUUUCUCUUCCUUUUAUACUUAUAAAGUAAAGCAUGCAAUUAACAAUGGUUAAUAUUGGUAGGAUUUAUUCCACACUUACUUUUUGUAUUGUUAUUUAAUGAUUAAGUAUUGUAAGGAAGCCCUUUCAAUCCUUUGUCUCUAUGUGCCCCUAUAAACAAUAAAAUAUACAGUGUA